AUGAAUGAGAACAAGGUUGGACCUUACCUUAAAGGGGAUGAGAGCAGGGUGCUUGAGAUCAGAGGACGCGCAGAAUAUGUCAAUGAGGCCUAUCUUGUGCGCUUUCUGCAGGACCGCGUUGGUAUCUACUGGCACACGGACGAGUUUGUUCUUGUGGAAGGUGGACAGGAGAACACGGUGCGCUGGAGUUUCGCCAGCUGUAGAGCCCAGGCAAAGCGAGCCUUCAAUGGGCUGUCACUCCACGACGGCAUGACCGUCAACAACGGUGUCGAUCCCUGCAGCUGA